GACAGUCCAUCUACAAAAUCGGAGGACGAGUACCCUAUGGAGGGGUUAAUGCAAGCGCCGCACGUUGCUACUCUGCUGUCUGAUGCCGUCGGUAGGAGGCUCACGCGCUUGCUGUUGGCAGCCGUUUUCUCUCCUGCUCACGAGCUUUUGCUCAAUUCUUACCUGCACCAUGAUAAGGCCAUUUGCACCCUUUACAGCUUUGAUCUUGGUUCUACCACUAGAGAAUUCACAUGUUUUCCAUCAACCCCAGGAAAACCAGUCAUUCUAUACACCGGAAUAGACAAGGAGAAUCGUCAGACUCAAAACUUGGCAUGGCCUAAGAACCUUUCUGAGCCAUUUCUACGUGAACGAGUGAAAUCUCCUCAGAAUCCUCUGGUGAGUCCUGUUGAUGGUAUUCUGCCAGACUACUCUAGGGAUCCGUUAACUGCAUGGAAAGGAAACUACUCAGUGAAAACAGAUCAUUUCUCUGCUGAUACUGAUUUCAAAGGUGAUGCUUCUGAUUUACGGAGCAGCCUUGACAUUGACAAAUAUGUUGUGCUCAUGUGCAGUGAUCAGAGCAGGUCUUCUUUGAGGGAAGGGCUUGACACAACCACAUAUGGGGCUUUCAUGGAUGGAGAGCCUAGCCAUGAGAAGAUUUCACUGAGAACAUUGGUUGAUCAUUCAAUCAUUGAGAGCUUUGAUGGGGAAGGGAGAAGUUGCAUCACUGCCAGGGUCUAUCCAAAGUUUUCCAUUGGUAGUGAAGAAGAGCUUUAUGCAUUUAACAAUGGCACUCUGGAUGUCACCAUCUCAAAGCUAAAUGCUUAGAGCAUGAAGAAAGCUCAUCUGGUUUCUGCCAAUAUAAGUAGGAAGCCACCAAUUUUAUUGAAGCAAAAACAAACAGAUGCAGCCAAAGCAUUGUCUUGGCAAUUGCCUGAAUAAAGAAAUUCCCCUUCUUACAUUACUAAAUAAAGAACUUGCCUUAUA